UUUAUUUAUUUCUUGGAAAGCGAAAGUGUUGGUCUGAAUCGGCAAUUUGGUGUUAGUCAGCUGGUAAAAUGAUGGAAGGAAACAGAGACGAAGCUGAAAAAUGUUUGAAUAUCGCUACCAAAGCCCUCAAGGAUGGCAAUAAAGACAAGGCUUUGAAAUUCCUCAACAAAGCAGAAAAACUCUAUCCAACCGAAAAAGCAAAAGUAUUGUUGGAAGCCUUGCUGAGGAAUGGUACCUCGACAGGGAACAGCACCGCAUUUAGCAGAAAGGCAUCAAAUGGAACAGACCCCGGAUACCAAACCCGACAUGAGACACAGAAACAGGACUCAGCACCUGCAGACUUAACAAAAGGAUUUACCAAGGAGCAAGCUGAAGGGGUACAAAGGAUAAAGAAGUGUAAAAACUACUAUGAGGUACUGGGUAUCAGAAAAGAUGCCAACGAUGAGGAACUGAAAAAGGCCUACAGAAAGCUUGCUUUGAAAUUCCACCCUGACAAAAACCAUGCGCCAGGAGCAACAGAGGCUUUUAAAAAGAUUGGAAAUGCAUAUGCAGUGCUCAGUAACCCAGACAAGAAGAGGCAAUAUGAUCUAAGUGGAGAAGAGGAUCUCAGCAGCCCAAAUUACAACACUCAUGGAGGAUUUGAUUUCCACAGAGGGUUUGAGUCUGAUAUUACGCCUGAAGACCUCUUUAACAUGUUCUUUGGAGGUGGCUUCUCCUCAUCGAACACGCAUGAAUUCACUAAUGGCCGAACACACAGUCACCAUACAGAUGAAACCAGAAGAGAGAGAGCGGAGGAGAGGGGAGAUGGUGGGUUCUCCAUGUUUAUUCAGCUGAUGCCGAUCGUUGUGCUGGUCUUGGUCUCAAUCCUCAGCCAGCUGCUGGUGUCCACACCACCUUAUAGCCUGUACUCCAGACCGUCCACAGGACAAACUGUUAAAAGACAAACAGAGAACCUGCAUGUGGACUAUUUUGUCACCAGAGAUUUCAAAUCAGAAUAUAAGGGCUCAGCUUUGCUGAAGAUAGAGAAGAGCGUAGAAGAGGAUUAUGUUUCUAAUGUGCGAAACAACUGCUGGAAGGAAAGACAGACAAAAACGGACCUACUGUAUGCUGCUAAGGUCUACCGAGACGAAAGACUACAGCGGAAAGCUGAGCUCAUGACUAUGGAGAACUGCAAAGAGCUGGAUAGAUUAAAUGACCUGUUCCGUGGAGGAUAAACCUGAAACUGAAACUAAUGGACUUUUCUGAAAAUAAGACACCAUAGGUAUAAAUGUAAAUAUUUAUUGUUUGAUUUUUUUUUUUUUUUUUUACAUUUAACUGAAGAGAGAAUACAUUACAAGUCUCCCAUCGUACACUGGAAUAGACUUCAUAGUCUAGCAAGUCAACUGAGAAAAGUUCAUUUGCCUUUUUUUUGUUUUUUUUUUAAUGUUUCUCUUUUAUGCCUGACUUAACUAAACAGUAAGAAAUGGGCUUAGAUGUUCUGUACUUCACAACAUUUUUCCUUCUUUUUGACUUUUGGUUUUAUUGAAUAAAUUGUCGCUCUCUUUAACUUGAAGACACCACUAUUUUAAAUCUUAAUGAAACUUAAAUUGUACAAAUAAAAUAAAAAAAUUUAAACAGAUGACUACUCUUUUGUUUGUCUUUAGAACACAAAUAAAUGUAUUUUUAAUAUUAUCUCCUUGUUUUUGUCCAUCCACUGCAAGUUCACACAACCAAAACUUUCACACAUCAAAAAGUGUAAAAAUAUAUUAUAAAAAUAUCCAUUUGAAUAGCGUUGGUUGAUAAACAUUGAUUAACGAUUGAUUCCUGAUGUGCGAGAACAAAACACUUUCUAAUUCUCUUGCAUCAAGCGAACACAGCUGAGCUUGAAUUAAUCCGCUCGAUUUAAAUGAAUUUGUUUUAUGAUCUCUUUUUGUAUCAGUGUAAAGUUUUGGUUGUGUGGACUUUCAGUAGAUGGACAAAAAAGAAAAGAAAACUUUACUUGUGUUCUGAAGAAGAACAUAAGUCUUACAGGUUUAAAAUGAUAUUAGGGUGAGUAAAUAAUGACAAAAGUUUAAUUUUUGGUAAACUAUCCUUUUGAAGAACCAGAACAGUUCUUCUUUGUUAAAUCAUUUAUACAAAAUGAUUAUACUCUCUGAAAUACUAUUAAUUAAUGCUAAUGUUUUCUAACCUGUAAUUUUUGAGAUAUAACAUCCAUCCUGGUGAAGUACAAAAGAUAAGCAGAACAUGCCACUAAAUUGGCAUUUUAAAUUUGGCAUCUACACUCUUAAAAAUACAGGUUCCAAAAGUUGUUUUUACAGCAAUGUCAUAGAAGAACCAGUUAUGGUUCCCCAAAGAACCUUUCAGUGAACAGAGAACCAUCUUUUUUCAUAGUGUGAAGAAAAUUUUGAUAAUCUAAAGACCAGUUUUCCACUGUAAAGAACCUUUUGUGGAGUGAAAAGGUUUCAUGGAUGGUAAAGGUUCUUUGUGGAACCAUUGAUGCCAAUAAUGAACCGUUAUUUUUAAGAGUAUAAUGAAACAGUAUUGAUAGUUUUUGAGAAAAAACAAAAGUCAGACUAGAAAUUAUUGUACAGUAACCCACCUCGUCAAAACUUUUUUCAGAUUAUUUAUUUUAUAUCACAAUCAGGGCCAUUGCUAGUGGGGAGAAAGCUGGUGACAAUUCUAGGGGUCCAUGGCUGUCCCAUGGCCCCGAUGAUUUCAACCUUUUUUUGGAUGGUUUAGCCAUUGAAGCGCAAGAUGAUGUGAACAACCUUAAUUCAGUGUCCUGCACAGCAUGCACACAAAGAUCUGUGACGCACAGCCUAUGAACACUGUUAUGAGUUCUCUUUUGCAUUUUAUUGCGCUUGAAUGGACAAAUUCAUACAAAAUUAUGCACAAAUCUUGGUGAGUAUAUUCGAAAACUGUCAGUGACCGUUCCUAAUUUAACUUCUGUCAGUGUCCUAUAUGUAAAUCCAAGAAAAAAAGACUAAAUCACUCACUGCUCUAUAACUUAGAUUUAACAAGGAUUAUUUAAUUUAUUCAGUUAAGACUAUGCAAGGCUAUUUUACAUUUGUCAGUUCAAUUUCUGUACCUGAACACCAACAAACCUAAAAUAAUAAUAAUAAUAAUAAUAAUAAUAAUAAUAAUAAAUCACUAUUUAAUUUGUAUAUUUGUUAUAUUUGUACCAUUUAAAUGCACAAUUUCAAAUAGAGCUCACAGGUACUACCUGCACCAGGGCCCCACAUACCCCAGCUAUGGCCCUAAUCACAAUUUAAGCAUUUUUUUUAAACCAUAAAAUGCAUACAGGGGUUAAAAAUGAACAGUAUCCACCCUAUUCAUUAAUUUGUUCAUUCAUUCUCCCAUGACUUUCUUCUCAUUUACUUUACAUUUUUUAAAUUAAACAAAGGAAUUAGUUUUUAAUCACUCCUAGAAUGUACAUUAUGGUCAAAGCUGUAUGUGUUUAUUUGCUGUUAAUACCAUAAUAAAGUGGUAUUACACUAAUUAUAUUUUUCAAUUCUCUAACUAUUGUGUAAUUAAGUGGUAUUAUGUAAUUAAGUGGAUCAAAAUUAUUUUGGUUACAGUAAACAAAUGACCAAUACACAGCAACCACAAUAGUCUUAGCAAUCACACCCCAUUUAGGCCACUUGAAGGGCAGGAGUAAAACUGCCCCGUAACUCCAGUAAAUCUUUGUAACAGGAAAUGUGAUGUUUUACAAAGUGUAUCUUCAAGAGAAUUCUGAUAACAUAUAUGUUUUCUUGCAAAGAACAUAUUAUAUUUUUUAUAGUUAUAUGAAAUUAAGGUCAAGAAUUGCAAAUAAACAUGUACUGGAUAUUUUGGUGGGAAAUGAUAAUGAGAUAAUGAGUGAUAAUGGAAGUUUGAUAAACAAUAGGAAAAUUAAUAACCGUUUCCCAUUUCCUCUGUAAUGAUUUCACCCAUAAAUCUGUCAGCUCCCUUGCGAAAAUUAACCAUGGUUUUAUUUUAGUAAAAGUGUAGUAACCAUGUUUUUUUGGCAUAUUGAUUACCAUAUAACCACAGUUUUACUACAAAUACCAUGGUUAUUUAUUAUAGAUUUAUUACUAGAUUAUAUUUUUAUUUAACCUGUGUAUUUAACCUGUAAUUAUGUCUUAUUAGGCUAUUUAAGAUAUGUUUAGAUUAAGUCAAGUCACCUUUAUUUAUAUAGGGCUUUAUUCAUACGGACCAUGUGACGUCACUGUGCUUAAUCGUCGCCAUUUUUCUGUCUGCGCUACCUGUUUUAGUCUAUGGUCACAGCAGCCACAACUACCAGAAGAAGAUCAACGAAACACUCCCAGAAGGUUCACAGCAAGUUUACAAUAUGCCCAGAUAUGUUUUUCUGUUAGCUAUAACAACAGUCAUCAGAAAAAAAAACCCAACUACAAUUUUAUUCGAUCACAACAGUGCUUGAAGUGGGCCGGUGUGCAUAUAGUCUUUAGCAUAUCGGCACUUCUGACAUGUUGCCGGGACUCAGAGUCACAGCGUCAGUAUCUGGGUGAUUAGAAAUGACACUAUAUAAAUCACACUACCAGGAGCAGUCACCUCUCAUCUCGACAGUUAACAUGAAUGAAUGCAACCGGAGUCGGUCUGGGGUGCGAGAGCAUGUCAGUGGAGGCAGAGUAGUG